AUGCCUCUCGCGUCGCCGAACAACGUUUUCAUCACAUACAACAAUCCCACCGAGCUGAAGAGCAGACAGAAUCGCCGGACCGUCUCCUCUUUCGCCUCAAAGAGCUACCGCCCAACCUCGAAGCGCAUCGUGCUGGACCGGACGCAUUAUCGUCCGUUUGUGCGACGAUCCGGGGGAGAGACACCGCCACCUACAACAGGACCUAAAGCGAAAAGGAAGGUACCCCCGAGCGGCAAGCAGGACGCUGCCUCGACGGAUCCAGAAGGGAUGGCGUUUCCUCGAGAAGCCCAACCUCGAAACGAUUGCGUACUGGGGAGCCCCAUGGCGGACCCUUUCACCAGCUACCCUAUCAGCUACGCACCCUACAUACCCUUUCUGGUAGAUUACUUCAUCCGGUUCCUCACGCCACGGUUCAGUCCUGCGCUUGCAGUCGAGACCAGCCGCUAUCUCAUUUGGUUCAAUGUGGCGAUGCAGAAUCCCGAGCUGUUCCACGCUCUGAUCGCCCUGAGUCAGGUGUACUACAACAUCGACGUCAAGGGGUUUGGCAACACCCACUGGACGGCGUUGUAUCACCGAGGUGAGGCAUUGAAGCAGCUCAGGCACAAGGUUGAGACGGCCAAGAACGCAGACGAUGAUGCUGCCAUCUUGACGGCCUUGUGGUUGAUGGAUGUCGAUGUCGCGCACGAUGACCUACAUGCUUAUGCAAUGCACAAGCGGGCCAAAGAGAGAAUGGUGUCGACCCGAGGUGGGAUAAGGAAGCUAAGUGCCGAGCUACAAGACGAGCUGUUAAAGAGCGAAUUCUUCUUACCUCUUCUCCUGCACGGGAGGUUCGUGUGCGAACUCACCGACGACGACGACGUGCUAGUCCGAUUCAGAGAAGACCGUCCCGUCAAGCCGACACAACUGGGAGGUUUCCAGGGACUGUUCUCGGUGCUAGCCAGUAAAGGUCUCAUCACAUCCCAGGCUGUUGUGAUCCUCCAGCGGAUCUUCAGGCAGCUUUCGAGGGAGCCGCAGUUCUUUCGCAGCAGCAGCAGUCAAGGUAAAGCAGGCGACGAGGACGAGGACGAGGACAAAGGCUCGCAACCGCCUGAACCCGUCGACCCAGCGUUCAACGAAAUGAGCCGUGUCCUCUGCAUUACCGAAGAAGCUGGACCCCAAUCACUGCACCACAAGCUCCUCCUCGCCCUGCUGAUCUACAUCUUCAACUUCCACAACCAACCGCAACUACUACCUCCAGCGAAGACACCAUCUUUCUCUUCACCGCCCUCGUCCUCGUCUUCUUCCUCCGGUGGUACAACCACCAAGACGCGCCAUCCCUAUCUAGAGAUCUUAUCGAACGUGGCCCUAGAGCUAUCACAACCCAGCAACCCAGGCGACCCCAGCUCCGUCACGGAGCGCGAAGUCACGCUGUGGACCGUGGUGGCGAUCGGGGCCGCGUCGAGCUUCAGCCCGUGGCGACUCGAGAUCCCGUUCAUGGGGCAUUUGAUCGAGUGGAUGGAGAAGGACCGAGUUGAAGACGAGGCGAUAAACACCAACAGCAGCACCAGCAACAGUAAUGCAGGGCUAUUUUCGGCAACAGGGGCACGGCCACCUGCAGAGACGAAGGGUCGAGAAGGCGGAAGUGAAGCCCCAACGACAACCCCGACCUCCAUAUCGCCCGCGCCCACAAGCGGCGGCGGCGGAAGCGCAGAAGGCAAGAAUCUGGACAAACUCACGGCGAGUCUGAGAGGAUAUUACCUCUAUGGCGCAGACAAAAAGACGCUGCGGAGUCUACAGAGAUGGAGGGCCACUGAGUCGUCAUCAACACCGCCACAUCAUCCUCACUCAUGA